UAAAACAGAACAAAUAGAGGAAAAAUAAGCAAGGCUUAUCUUCAUUCGGUUGGUGUUGCCAUGGCUUCCUCUACCAUUUUCCACCUCUACCCCUUCAAAACCUCCCUAAAACCACCUCCUCACAGACGUUCUGUCAUCAAAUGCACUUCAAAUGCAUCCUCUCAGCCACCGGACUUCCCCUCUCCCGACUCCUCAACCACCACCAGCUCGGAUAGCUUCCCCAUCGAGAAACGACGAAAAUCCGAGAUCGUCAGAGACCGAAGAUCCAAAUCAGGCCUCGUAAAACCAGAACCUCCGAAUUUCGAAGUCGGAUGGAAGAGAACGGUGCCGAUUCCUCUAGAGAAGCCUAUAGGUUACGUGAUAAUGGAUUUUCUGGAGAAAUUGGAGGAGUUGAUGGGAAUGGAGUACGGAUCGACGGCGUUGCUGGCGAAAGCCGGUGAAAUUGUGGCGGAAAGAGCGAGAGAAGAGGCGGAGGAUCUGAGAGAUGAAGGGAAAGUGGAAGAGAGGAUGGUGACGGAGCUUUGUAGAGUGUUGAAGCUGAUGGAAAUGGAUCUGGCGAUGGUUAAAGCUUCUGUGAAAGAAGAGACUUUGAACGAGAGGCUUCAACAGGCGAAGGCCAGAUGCCGACAAGCCAUUCUUGUUGCCAGUUCCUUUUGAUUCUUCUUCCUCCGAAACUGGAAAUUUUGCAGGGAUGAGACGUUUUGCAUCUAAAUGUGGAACUUUUUGUUUCAUCAUUUUGAGUUCAAUCCCAUAGCCAAAGGUGUUAAAAUAUGGAUUAAAUUAAGUAAUGAUAAGGAUGUUAUUAUACGUAAAAAAUGCUCCUAUUAAAAAACAGUAAGGUCAAGUAUGUUACUCGUUGUACAUUUAACCUGCAAUGUGAUUGUAAUUUAUAUUCUCAGCUAGAA